AUGGCUUCUCGUCGUCAGCAGCCAAAGAAAAGGGAUAGAACCAACGAGAACUGCGAUAAAACGGUCAAAAACAUCAUGUGGCGUUGUGAGCAGAUUCGACGACGGUACGGGGCCGACGUGUACGUCCAAGUCCGCUUCAAAAGCAGGUUCCAUGAAUACACGUCUUCCAAUGAGCACAACUUCCCCAAAUCUCGCGCUGAGUUGGUAAGUUCAAUCACGUCAUAG